AUGGCACGCUUGCUUCCCUGUUCGUGUGUUCUUUUCGUCCUCAAUCGUGUAUCUGCCGGCGGACGAGACCAGCUGACCCGUGCGAGCGGAAAUGCAACUGUUCCUAUGCCCUGCGCGGUGCAUACAGAACAGGAAAACAAGUUGAGGAACUCGCUAAAACCUGAAGCCUCUUCACAGGCGGGGUCUCUGCAUCUGGUUUUCGUGCUCUGCCUGUUUUGCCUCCUCUUUUUUGCACACGCAGCAGCGAGGCCGCUUCUCGCCGCGGCCGCCUCCUCUUCAGCUCCGUCGGGUUUACCUACACCUCGCGGACUUCCGACGCGCCAGCUGCCUCGGCGCGACGGCGCGCUUUUCGCGUGUCUUUCGCUUCCCUCGCGGUCUCGUUGGCGUCUCUCGUCCUGCGCUCUCGAGUACGUCGUUCCCUGGAACCUGGGAAGCUUGGAGCGGCGCGGCAAGGCUGAACAGGCUCGCGCGAGCUUCGUGCGGUUGCCAAGCGCCGGCGGAGGAGCCGACCUGCUCGCGCAGUUCCGCGCAGAAGAUAAUGAAGCACAGAGUGCGUGGCUGGCGCCAUAUGCACGGCCAGCUGAAACUGGCGCGCGAGGAGACACCAAUAGACGCGGCGACUUCGAGGAGCGAGGGCGUGUUAGGCAGCGAGCGUCCCGCGCCUGGUUCGAUGUGCGCGACGCCGGCGGCUCGCCGAGAGUGUGGCAGCGCGUGCCUCCAUCCUUCAUUUCGCCCGUCUCGUCUGUGUUUCCUCCCACGGUUCCCGCUCCGUCCGCCUCUUUUCUUCCCUCCUCGUCCGUGCAACGUCCUCACCAGAACGCGCGCGCGCGAGCUUCGCCUGCGUCCGGUUCAGGAGACACUUCUGUUAGUCGUGCGGCGUCGCCGCACUCUCGAUUCUCCUCCUUGGCGCCUUCAACGUCUUGGCCUUCUUUCGCGUCCGCGUGUGCCUGUUCGCCGCACCCUUCCGCUCUUGGCCUGGAGGCUCCUCGCCGCAGCACAGCGCUGGGGUCCUCCUCUGCAGUCAACGCUUCGCGACGCGACGGGGUCGCGUCGCCGGUCUACGACGUCGUGGUGGUUGGCGGCGGGCACGCGGGGCUGGAGGCGGCGUUGGCUGCGGCGCGCCUCGGCGCCUCCGUGCUGCUGCUCACGCAGAGCGUGCGGGCGCUCGGGGAGUUGUCUUGCAAUCCGUCGAUUGGCGGAGUUGGAAAGGGCAACCUGGUGCGCGAGAUCGACGCACUCGGCGGCGCGAUGGGUCGCUGGGCGGAUCUCGCGGCGAUUCACUGGCGCCUGCUGAACGCGAGUCGUGGUCCCGCCACAUGGGGCGUUCGCGCGCAGAUCGACCGGUCGAUCUACAAGCGCGUCGUGCAAACGGAGCUCCGCGCGCGCCUGAAGCGGGGAGAACUCGCCCUCCUCGAGGGCCUCGCCACUCGCCUCCUCGUCGAGGGAGACGGCGACGCAGACGCCGCGCGAGCCAGCCGCCCCUGGAGCCCGCCCCCCGGAGACAGGGCCGCACCGGGCGCGGACGGGGAUGGGGGAGCAGAGGGCGGCUGCGAGCGGCGGAAACGAAGGCGCGUAGUUGGCCUGCGAGUGAAGCUGCGGCCGCAGAGCAGGGACUUGGCGCAGAUCCUCGCGACGGAGGCGGAAGAGGAUGAGAGCAGCGAGGCCAAGCACGCCGACGCGCGCGACUCGCAGACGCAGGAAGUCGACAUUCUGGCGCGCGCAGUCGUCGUGACUGCCGGCACGUUUCUGGGGGGGAAGUGCUCCACGGGGCCGUCGCUUGCCCUCGACGCAGGGCGACUGUGGAGCCCGUCGUGCCCUGCUUCUUCUCGCGCGGCUUCGGGCGGACAGCCGGCGCCUCUGAGGGAGGUGGCGGCCUCGGAGUUGUCGGAGAGUUUGCGGCGGUUCCUGCCCAUGGCGCGGUUCAAGACGGGCACGCCCGCGCGGCUGCUGCGACGGUCGAUCGACUUCGAGCGACUUCAGAUCCAGUUUUCAGAUCCUGCGCCCUCGCCCUUCUCUUUUCUCCACUCGCCCUCGCAGCUCCGCAGGCUCCGCCCCCUCCAAGUCGCCUGUUACCUGACCUACACGAACGCCGCGACGCACGCCAUUGUCCGCGACCGCCUCCACGAGCUGCCCAAACACCUCAGCGGAGAGGACGGCAGAGGCUUAGGGCCCCGGUACUGCCCUUCCAUCGCCACAAAGGUGCUGCGCUUCCCGGAUCGCGGCCGCCACGCAGUCUGGCUCGAACCCGAGGGCCUGCGAAGUCCGCUGAUCUACCCCAACGGCCUCUCGGGGGCCUUCGCGCCCGCGACGCAGCUCGCGCUGCUGCGGUCUAUCCAGGGCCUCGAAGCCGUGGAGAUGCAUGCGCCCGCCUACGAAGUCGAAUACGACUUUGUACUGCCUUCCGCGCUGAGCGUGUCGCUCCAGACGGAAGCCGUGAGCGGGCUGUUCCUCGCGGGUCAGGUCAUCGGCACCACGGGCUACGAAGAGGCCGCCGCUAUGGGCCUUCUCGCGGGCUGGAAUGCCGCCCUCCUCGCGCGCAGAGACGCGACGAACGCGCGACCGAGCGCCUCCCGCGACGCCGCGAAACGCCCCGCAGAGGCCUCCUGGGCGCGUGAGGCGGCGCCGGCUGAGCGCGACGGAGGCGCGGAAGACGAAAGCCAGAAGGCGACAAAGCUCCGCGAAGCAGACAGAAAGACCGCCGAAGAGGCGCGGAGGGAGGCGACGCGCGACGCAGCAGAGACGCCGCCCGCCAGGCGGGAUGAAAAGACUGCGCCACGGAGGCCAGCCGACAGCCGGCCGGGCGCCCACGCACAGACUGCAGCGCAGGGGCGCCAACGCGGGCAGGCGGAGGGAGAAGUCGCCGCGCAGCCGCCGCUUUUCGCGUCGCGAUCUGAACACGCGAGCGAGGCCGCGGACUCUGGCCUAUCUGCAGGGGCGCCAUGCGCGUCCCUGCCGCCUGCGAUCUCGCUGAAUCGAGAAAAGUUCCUCAUCGGCGUUUGCGCACACGACUUGACGCAGACGGGCGUCGAGGAACCCUACCGCAUGUUUGCGAGUCGCUCGGAGUGCCGCUUGACUGCGCGGCCAGACAACGCGGACUUCCGGUGUAUAGAAACUGCGCUCCGCGGCGGAAUCGUGCGCGACGCAAGGCGAGUCGAGCUCACGCGCGCGCGGCACGCGAAAGUGCAAAGUCUCCUGGCUCUGCUCAGGGGCUACCGUCUGCCCGCGCCUCAAUGGCGAGCCGGGGUGCGGCGGCUGCUCGCGCUGGGCUGCGACCUCUUUUCUCCAGACUGCUUUGACGCGUCUCCGGCGUCGUUUUCCGUGGCGCACUCUGCGUCUCCCGCGUCCUCUCCGGUGUCGGCGCCGUCUUCUUUGUCAGAGGACUCCCCGCGCAACGCCGCUGCUUCUGCGUGCGCGGAUGCCUCCGCUCUCGACGGCUCGUCUGUCGCGUUCUCCGGCUUCGCGUCUGCAGCCUCUCCAGGCUCGGCUGCGCCCUGUAGGAUCUCCUCGCUGACGCCGUGGCGGUUUGUGGAGGACGCGCUCGCCCACCUGCUGUCGCGUCUGGGCCUCUCAGACAGGUGCUGGACGGCCGCCGACCUCGUAUCGGCACUCCCGUUUUCUUUCUUUCCGCCCUCCACGAAUCCUGCCUCGCUCUCUCUCGCCCCGGGGGCGCGUGCGCCGGCUACUCCGGAUCUGUCUCUGUCGCCGCUGUCUGCUGGCGCGUCGGCUUCCGCCUCGCCUGCGCCUUCUUUCGGGCCGGCCGCGGGCGAGGAGGCGCCUACAGGCGGAGACAGGGGGGAGGCGGAGCCGGCGGCGGAGGCGGAGACGGCUGGCGUGCGUGGCGCCGAGGCCGCAAACUCGGCAGGCGCCCGUACAGCGGGGGAAGAGCGUGGGGAGGGAGACUGCGGCGACGGUGCCCCCUCGCAUGGCCUUGAAGAGACCCAGGCGAAGCGAUUCGUGCCUCUUUUGCAGAUUCCGCUUCAGCUCGUUCUUCUCCUCUGUCUGUUACGCGAGUGCUCCAGGCAGCCUCCGGAGUCGUCCUCUCCGCCUUGGCUCGCGGGCGGCGACUCUGCGGAGCCCCCGGCGUGUACAGACGAGGCGCAGCUCGAGAGCGCGCGGAUGAGAAAACGAGAAAGCAUGCCGCCUUCCGCGUCGAGCCGAGAGAACGCCGAAAAAGGGAUGGAUGAGACGGAUAUAACUCGCAAGCUCGAGCGCCUCCUGCUGAACUGGGAAGAUGAACUCGAAACGAUUGCAGUCACGGUGACAGCCGAGUGUACGUACAGCGCGUAUCUCCAGGAGCAAGAGAAGGAGGCAGAAAUCGCCGCGGGACGCGCAGACGCGAGGAUUCCGCCCGACAUUCAGUACACACGAUCGAAUUUCCCCUCUUUCUCGACGGAGGAGCUCGAGCAGCUGGAAGCGCACCGCCCGCAGAGUCUCCGCGAGGCCGCGCGCGUUCCAGGCGUCAACCCUGCGUCUCUGCUUUACCUCUAUCGUUUCCUUUCGCUUUCGCGUCGCAAGCAGCGCGCGAGGUAG